AUGUUGAACGUGGCCACCAUCGCUUCUAUGGCCAUCCUAUCACCUUUGGCCAGUUCCAUGUUCACUCCAGGGAUCGAUCAAAUCGCCCAAGCACUCAAUACCACUGCAAACCUUGUCAUUGGAUGUACGACUGGCUUUGUUGUCAUGCUUGGAAUCGGUCCCCUGCUCCUCGCGCCGCUCAGUGAGACGUUUGGGAGAAGACCUAUGUAUCUCGUGGGCUUUGGAGUGUUUACAUUGUUGCAGAUACCUUCGGGAUUGGCCCCGAAUAUAGCCACGCUGAUCGCUAUGAGGACGAUAUCCGGCUUCUUCGGCUCCGUUUCUAUUGCCAAUGGAGGAGGCUCUCUCGCGGAUAUGUUCGAACCUGGUGAGCGGGCAGGGAUUUUUGGAUGGUAUUUACUUGGACCAUUGAUGGGCCCGACUUUGGGGCCGCUCUUUGGAGGGCUCAUUGUGCAAAGACUUGGGUGGCGAUGGAUCUUCUUGAUCUUGACGAUUGUGUGCGCGCUGAAUACGACUUCAGCAUUCUUCCUCCUGAAGGAGACAUAUGCACCAGUCAUCCUUGCCAAACGAAAAGCACGGCUCGAACGUGAACACAACACACCUGGAAAAUAUCGCUUCGAGGGAGAAGACUAUCGUCCGCUUGUCGUCAAGCUGCGUCACUCCCUGAAAAGACCUCUACGCAUCCUGAUCCAACCCAUCGUGAUGACUAUGAGCGUCUAUCAAGCCAUCCUCUUCGCAACAACAUAUUCGCUAUACACAAACUUCCAGCCCAUCUACCACGGCGAAUACGGCUUCAACACUGAACAAGUCGGACUAAUGUAUCUCGGUCCUGGUCUUGGCUUCCUGGCUUGCGUGUGGUUUAUAGUCCCCAGAAUCGAUACGGUUUACAAUCGACUGGCAUCACAAAAUCAUGGAAAAGGUCGUCCAGAAUUUCGAUUGCCGUUGGCGAACAUUGGUUCCGUGUUCAUUCCUGUCUCGCUUUUCUGGUUUGCUUGGAGCGUGGAAAACCACACACCUUGGAUUGUCUCGAUCAUCGCCAGUUUCUUCUAUGGCGUAGGUCAAAUCAUCAUCCUCAACUCCACGACGAAUUACUACAUUGAUUCCUUUGAGCGGUACGCGGCUUCAGCAAUCGCAGCCGGUGCUGUGUUCAGAGCAGUAGUGGGUGGCAUCGUUCCACUUUUCGCGCCAAUGCUAUUCGAAAAUGUGGGAUACGGAUGGGGUAUAUCAGUAUUCGGAUUCCUGGCGUUGGCUAUCGCUCCAGCACCACUGAUCUUCCUCAUCUAUGGCGCGAAAGUGCGCGAGAGGUAUUGGGUGGACAUCUGAGCAUCUUGCAUUUGUGAAAGCAUGACGCACGGCACCUUUUCUUCCAAGCAAUUUCAGCCCGGCAUAAAAGAAUAGCAUGUCAUUGCAUGAUCCAAAAUCAAAGCUAUCCUGAAG